GCUGCUCUCAGCAGAGGAGUGACUUCUUGUUGGAGACGAACGCUGCGUACAUUUCUCUGAACCGCCUUCACUUGUCGGCUGGGGAUCGUCCGCUUCAGGAACCAGGGCUCUGUGUGAGGACUGCAGCACAGGACAGCACUAUUUCUACAAGAAUAACAAGACGAUCACUAAGCUGCCUUGACAACUCCUGAUGAUUUCUCUACCUGACAAUCAAGAGCUGUCGCCCUGAUCGCUGUCUGUCAGGCACAGCUUUUCAUUAAGCAAGAUGUCAACCACAACAGAAAAUGGGAUGGGAGGGCCUUGGAGCACAAGCAGAGAGAAAACGUACAAGAAGACCACGUCAUCGGCCUUGAAGGGAGCCAUUCAGCUCGGUAUCGGCUAUACAGUCGGCAACCUCACCUCAAAGCCUGACAGAGAUGUGCUUAUGCAAGACUUCUAUGUGGUGGAGAGCGUCUUUCUGCCCAGUGAGGGAAGCAACUUGACCCCGGCGCACCACUAUCCCGACUUCCGCUUCAAGACUUACGCCCCGCUCGCCUUCCGCUACUUCAGAGAUCUGUUCGGCAUCAAACCGGACGAUUACCUGUACUCCCUGGUAAACGAGCCUCUGAUCGAGCUGACCAACCCAGGGGCCAGUGGCUCUCUGUUCUACCUAACCAGCGACGAUGAGUUCAUCAUUAAAACUGUGCAGCACAAAGAGGCCAAGUUUCUCCAGAGAUUGCUACCAGGAUACUACAUGAACUUGAAUCAGAAUCCACGCACGCUGCUGCCCAAGUUUUACGGCCUGUACUGUAUCCAGUCUGGAGGCAUCAACAUCCGACUGGUGGUGAUGAACAACGUGCUGCCGCGCUCUGUCAAAAUGCACUACAAAUACGAUCUGAAGGGAUCCACCUACAAGAGGCGAGCCUCCAGGAAGGAGAGAGAGAAGUCCAGUCCGACCUACAAAGACCUGGACUUUCAGGACAUGCACGAGGAGGGGCUUUACUUUGACACGGAGACGUACAACAACCUAAUGAAGACCCUGCAGAGAGACUGUCGGGUGCUGGAGAGUUUUAAGAUCAUGGACUACAGUCUGCUGCUGGGUGUGCAUGUUCUGGAUCAGAGCCAGAGGGAAGGAGGCGAGCCAGGCCAGGCGGGCAGCGACGGGAGGAGGCCUGUGGGUCAGAGGGUGCUUUACUCCACCGCCAUGGAGUCCAUCCAAGGAGACGGGAAGGCUGCUGAGGCCCUCACCACAGACGACACGAUGGGUGGCAUCCCUGCCAAAACACACAAAGAAGAGAAGCUCCUCAUCUUCCUGGGUAUCAUAGAUAUUCUACAGUCAUACAGGUUCAUUAAAAAGCUGGAACACUCUUGGAAAGCUCUGGUGUAUGAUGGCGACUCGGUCUCGGUCCACCGGCCGGGGUUUUACGCCAGCCGCUUCCUCAAGUUCAUGAGCACGAGCGUCUUCAGGAAGACUCAGCCACUUCGAUUCUCCCCUUCAAAGAGGACUCGCACUUCCAUCCCUGCUCUGAAGUCGUCCUCACAGGAGAUCCUUUCAUCGAAUCAAGAUGAGGGGAACGAGGGGGAAAGGAGGGACCGGCUGGGAGGAGCUCGCAGUCUGGCCAGUCUGGAUGGACAAGCUGCGUUUGGUUCGUAUCUACGUCCUGAUCUGGUCCCUGCCAACCCGUCCUUCUACGAGGGCUCCUCCAUGGGAACCAUCUCCACCUCCUCCAUCUUUGUAAAUGUGGACAACCAAACAGAAGAGAGAGAGGACGUUGCAUCCAGCUCCACGUUCACACUGGAGGACAGCGCCAUCUGCCUCACCUCAGAGCAGAGCACCAUGGACGUGGACAUAGACCGCGACGACGGAUCUGUUCUCGACGUCUACUUGUGAAAAUAGCAGCUCGACAGACUUCAUUUCCUCCUGCCAAGCAUAAGACAAUCGCCGCACUCCAUUGGACAGACCAGGCUGGCGUUUGACUCCGCUUUCAGAGCUGCUACUCCCAUGAUGCCACUUGUAAUUGCCAACUCAUAAAAAUGCAGAUUCCCACUGGUUGAAGGACUAAAAGAAGACACGUACAAAGUCACAGCGACGGACAUCUGCAGGAACCAUGUGACAUUUCGUGUAAAGUGCUGAACAUCAGGCUGAGCUGCUCUCCAGAGUAUGCGUCAACACAGCGCCAUUCAGUUUUAUACACGUCCACCGUUUCCACAAGGAUCCAGACAUUUGCUAGCUAUAAAUACAUAUAUGAAGAGAUGGUAGAAACGCAUCAUACAUUUCUUUAAACAGUUUUUUUCUGCUGAUCAGAAAGACAUAAGAGACACUUUGAAAAUUUUGCAGCGGCAUUAGUUGCCGAUAACACGAGGAAUGUUUACAGUGUAUUUAUGGCAUCUUUGUCCCUGAUGAAGACAGACGGUGACACACAGAAGGACACAAACCAGCUUGUACACCACAGCCAACACAGAGGAGGAAAGACUCACGUGAAGACCUGAUUCUGAAGCUACCAAGGCCAAAAACACAGACUGUGAUGUGUUUAACGUGGCCAGCGUUUCCUAACAGGAAGCCAGAGCUGCUGUAACGUGAGGUGAGAAAAGACAGUUACUGGACCUUGGAUGAAGCACAGAGCGGAGAGACAAUGCACUUGCUCUUGAUUUAAAAAAAGAGGCACUUUUGACAUUGGUUAUGAUUACUGUAAGAAAUAUUUUUCUCUGAGGAUGUUGCUUACGUGACAUAAGCACAGAUUUGGAUGCGUGAACAUGCACUUUUAUUUUUCUUUUUACUAUACAAAUGCACACCUCUGUUCGUCAGUGAUACAUGUACAGAGACAAUGAAGGAACAUCGUAGAUCAUUUUUGAUGUGGAACUACUAGUUUUGUGAGGUUUGCGUCACAACUGAAGAUGCUUUUACUCAGGAUAUCCUUUGAUACUGAAGAAGUCAGUCCUCUUUAAGAAGUUCUGAGACAUGCAUCCUACACUUAGAAGCUGUCUGAUACCUCUUCAUCAAGAUCAUAUCCAACUAUAAAUGUCCACGAUCACACGUCAGUUGAGACCAUAAUUUAUUAUGUAAAUCUCAAUAUUUUACCAUUUGCUGAAAAUACUUUAAUCGCUGAAUGUAAAGACAAUGCAUAUUUAUAUAUAGAAGAGACUCCUAUAAAUAAACUGCUAAAAAUCA